CAAAUAACUCGCUAAAUAGUCAAUGCUAGAAAUUCUCCUUCUCAUGGAACAAAAAGACAUAAACACCCUUCAACCUCCAUUCUUCAAUUGGUUGCUUCACUCUCACCUGCUUGAUUUCUUGAUGUAAGAUCACAUUGCUCCACAAUUCUUCUUCAAUCUUCAGUCACUCCUUUUUAAGGUUACUCACUAUACAUACACACUCAAUAUUGAGCCAUCCAGCCAUGGCCGCUGAGCUCCGAGAGCUCCGCCAUUCCAGCUCUCUUGGAACCAGAUCUUCUUCCUCUCCUCGUAAACACCCACAACAACAACAAGAAAACGAAGACGUUUCUCCCCUUCUCUCCGACCCUGAUGACCACUCACGUGAUCACCGACCAUCAUUCUUCUCCUGGUCCUACCUUUUCCCUGAAGAUUCUAGAAACUCUUCUUCUUCUUCUUCUUCUCCUUCAAAGUUAUCCCUUUUCUUCAUCAUCUUUCUUGUUCUUGCUGGAUUUGUCUCCGUUUCUUCCCUCAUUCGUCGUUUAAAUGCACCCUACUUGUGCCAAAAGGAUGGCAUAACUCUUCAGUGUCCUCGGGUCAAAGAGGCGCCUUCACUAUGGGAGAAUCCGUAUUCAGCCACUACAUCUUGGAAGCCUUGUGCAGAGCGUCGUAGUAACGGCAUGUCAGUUCCUCCUGCAGAGAAUAGAACAAAUGGGUAUAUAUUUAUACAUGCAGAAGGCGGUCUAAAUCAGCAAAGAAUAGCCAUAUGCAAUGCAGUGGGUGUGGCCAAAAUAUUGAAUGCCACACUUAUAUUGCCAGUGUUGAAGCAAGACCAGAUUUGGAAAGACCAAACGAAAUUUGAAGACAUAUUUGACGUCGAUCAUUUCAUUGACUACUUAAAGGAUGAUGUGCCAAUUGUACGUGAUAUUCCAGAGUGGUUCACCGACAAAUCGGAGUUAUUCACAAGCAUCAGGCGUACUGUAAAGAAUAUUCCGAAGUAUGCUUCAGCCCAGUUUUAUAUUGAUAAUGUCUUGCCUCGAAUCAAGGAGAAAAAAAUCAUGGCCCUAAAGCCUUUUGUUGACAGACUUGGGUAUGAUAAUGUUCCUCCGGAAAUCAACAGGCUAAGGUGUAGAGUGAACUAUCACGCCCUGAAAUUUCUUCCCGAGAUUGAGAAGAUGGCUGAUCAAUUGGCAUCAAGAAUGAGAAACCGCACAUCAAGUUCCAAUCCGUACAUGGCUCUUCAUCUUAGAUUUGAGAAGGGGAUGGUGGGUCUAUCUUUUUGUGAUUUUGUUGGGACUAGAGAGGAGAAAGCGAAAAUGGCAGAGUAUAGGAAGAAGGAAUGGCCAAGACGUUAUAAGAAUGGUUCCCAUUUAUGGCAAUUAGCUCUUCAGAAGCGGAAAGAAGGGCGAUGCCCACUUGAACCCGGGGAAGUAGCUGUUAUUCUACGCGCAAUGGGUUAUCCGAAAGAGACCCAAAUAUAUGUUGCGUCUGGGCAAGUUUAUGGGGGACAAAAUAGAAUGGCACCUCUCAGGAACAUGUUUCCUAAUCUGGUGACGAAGGAAGAAUUGGCAAGCAAGGAGGAGUUAGAUGGCUUCAGAAAGCAUGUUACAAGCCUUGCGGCGCUCGACUUCUUGGUUUGCUUGAAGUCUGAUGUGUUUGUGAUGACCCAUGGAGGCAAUUUCGCUAAGCUCAUCAUUGGCUAUAGGCGAUACAUGGGCCAUAAACUAAAGUCUAUCAAACCAGACAAGGGCCUUAUGUCGAAAUCGUUCGGGGACCCUUACAUGGGCUGGGCCACCUUUGUUGAGGAUGUUGUUGUGACCCACCAAACAAGAACAGGUUUACCCGAGGAAACUUUCCCUAAUUAUGAUCUAUGGGAAAAUCCUUUAACUCCUUGCAUGUGUCGGGCGUGAACCAUGCACAUAAUCAGGUUUUGCUUAGGAAGAAAAUUUAGAUUCCCCAUUGAAACCAAGCCAACUAAGCCUUCCAAUUUUGGGAUGGGUUUCAAGGAUCGGGCGUGAGCAUUGCUUUAUCGACUCUCCUUUUUCUCGGGGUUUUGCUGAUUAUGCCUAUAAAGUUACAUACAGAAAUCAACAUAAAUCUGGAGGUUGAUUAGUUGCGUUUGCACGAAGUUAGGUUUCUUGAUAGAAGGCAGGGCGGGGUUGGUCGUGUGAUCGUUCAUGUACUAAACUAUUAGACGAUUAUAAGUUGUAAAUUAAGUUGAAUGGAAAAACUAUGAUGCCCUAUUGCACUUGAUUUAGCUCAUAUCAGCUUUGUUUACUGUUUGUGUCAAACCAUUCAAUUGAAGGUUGCAUCUUGCAUAUAAUGGUUCCUUCCUCUCACAAUUGAACUUUGCACCAAUUUUUGUUGUCAUUUUUUGAUUCGGGUUGGGCUAGAAAAUUCUUACAUAUUAGAGGGAGAGGAAAGACAAUCCUCAACCACUAGACUGAUUUUUUUCAUUUUCUCAAUAAUGUUUAAUACUCCCUC